CUCAUCGUUUAGAAGCCAGUUUGAGACAGCAGAGUGAGGACAGAGGACGCAGCAGCACAGGAGCGAUUUUAUUCAGAAAGGAGCGGAGGACUGACUCUGCAGACCUGAGACCUGCUCUGGUUUCUGAUACUAGAAGAGGACGCGAUUUUAAAGAGGGACACUCACAAUAUGGUUUGGUCCCGGGAGAGAGAGUCCGAGCGGCCUCCGCUGUCCGUCAUCCUGCCGCGGCUCUACCUCGGAGCGGAGAGGGACGUGACGCAGGAUGGGCUGGCCUCUCUGGGUAUUUCCUACGUGCUGAAUGUGAGCCGCUGCAGCCCACAGCCCUCCUUUUUGCCCCGCUCCAGAUAUCUUCGCAUCCCCAUUGACGACUCCCUGUGGGAUGACCUGCUGCCCUGGAUCCCUCAGGCUCUGCACUUCAUCGAUGCAGCCAUGUCCUCGGGUGCUUCUGUGUUGGUUCACUGUGCAGCAGGAAUCUCUCGCUCCCCGGCUCUGGCUGUAGCCUACAUCAUGUACAGCCUGGGAAUGGACCUGGACCAGGCCUACAGGUUUGUGAAAGACCGCCGGCCCUCCAUUUCCCCAAACUUCAACUUCCUGGGUCAGCUGCAGCACUUCCAGGGCACUCUGAGCCAGAAGGCCUCUGGUGGCGACCUCCUCGCCCAGCAGCUGGACAAUCGCCUGCCAUUCAUCGGUGACAGUGUUAACCACAAUCACAUCGGUCACAGCAUGAAUUAUCAGGCUGACAGUGUCACCAGUGGCUCAGUAGAGGUCAAACAGGCCCACACAGAGAAUUUCUACCACACAGAUAAAACACAGCAGAGACACUCGCAUUCAGAUCGAAACCAGCAGCUCUCCCUGUCAGGGAAACUCCGGUAUCUGCAUUUGACUCUCAAUCAAAACCAUCAGCAAGUCCAGAUGUUACGCGAGAUUCCAGCUCCAAGUCAAAGCAGCUCAGAUUUGACUGGCUCUGAGCCAGUCAAACCAACAGCAAAGCCUGCACAGCCACAACUCCCAGUAGGCUCUGCUUCUCUACUGGAGAAACGCAAAAGCCUCACCCUCUCUUUGACCCCUCUGGGAAUCUGCCCUCCCUCCCAAGCAAGCAGCCAGCAAGCAAAGGCCCCCUUCACAUCCAAGACUGUCCACAACAGGGAGAUGAGACCAAGGCCUGAGGCGAAGAGUAACACUGUGUCCUACAGGCAGGCAGAGGACACCCACGACCAACAAAGUCCUUCCCACAACAAGUGUAGCAGGGCCGAGGUGAAGGAGCAGAGCCUGCUGUCGCCGUUCAGCUUCACCCUCAAUAAACUGCUGGGCUGGGGGGAGAGAGUGCUGCUGGGAGGGGUUUUUGUCCACCCUGUAAGGAUGGGACAGCCUGCAUUGCCAUAUAGGUGCUAAGGGUGUUGGUGGGAGGGUGGGGGGGGCAGGACAACUUAAUGUCCAGGAUGCUUGGUUUGUUUUUGCAUGUUUGUCAAAAGGAACCAAACCACACACAUACACACAUACAUAUAGGAGGUCUUCUAUUAAUUAAUUUAUUUAUUGCAGAGCUGAAUAUAAUAUAAUUGUACUUGACAUCUUAUUUAUUACAUGUUGAUACAGGUCACCUUAUUGUGUCAUUUGUAAGAUUCUGGUAUUUAAAGAGAAAGAACUUUGGCACAAUGGUUUGAAUUGUAUUUCUUGAAGAUUAAAGAUGACAUUUCAACCUCGUCUUACUGCCUAUUUCCUAGUAUGAGGCUUUAGUUUAAAGCAGGACUUCUCAACAGUGGUAUCUGGUUUUUAGUGGAGACUAUAUAUGGGUAUAAUCAGUUGGUCAAGAAAAUCUUUAAAUGGCUCUAUAGCGCUAGCUAAAAACAAGAUGUUGCCUCUCAUCAAUCCAGUUUUCCAGACAAUAACUAAGGCCUGAUCACCAAGCAGGCAAAGUGGGUAACAGCAGAACCCCAGAGGUCCCAACUGCUCAACUGUGAGUGGUUUGUACUAAUUUAUUUAAAAUGUAUUUUGGAAUAUGCACCACUAAAGCUCACUAUCAGAGGCUUCAUUCAUUACCCCACCCUAUAGCCAUGUGUCAAAAUGGAGGUUUGAAGCUUUUCUAGCUGAUGUGUGUAUACAAUAUAGUUCUACAGGAGCAGUGCAGAGACGCAGGUCUGUUUGUAUUUUAUUUGUGAGUAACUUAUCUCAUUCAGCAAUUGAAACUGAUUUAUAGAAGUGGUUGUUUAAGGACACUGAGGGUUGUAUAGAGAGGACCACAUAGAAGACUUGAGAGGAAAAAGAAAUGCAUAUGGAACGACACUUUUUUUCCCUACUCUCAGGUGUCAUUUUUACCAUUGGUAAAUGAGGACUAACAGAGUUACUGCAGCUUAUGUCAAUACUCAUAUAUGGAAAUGCUCUGUGUUGUUCUAAAAGGCAUACAUGAUGAACAAUAGUAGUCUGCUUAAUUUAUGAUUGAAUGGAAGUUCUGUUGUUUUUUUCUUUUUAAUAAUGCACAGUUUCUGUUAGAAUGCCACCUAUUUGAGACAUAAAUCAUUAUUUGAGGUCACAUUUA